AUGACGCCAUUUUCUUCCCUGGCAGUUAUAUUAUUACUAUCAAUAUUUCAAGAUGCCGAAACAAAGAACCAAUCAAAACAAAAGAUAUUCUACUCAAUGCCAUCUUACCGAUUCUAUUCUCCACCUGGUUCAAGCGAUGAUUUAGGAACAUAUCCUUGCGAUUCUGCUCAACACGGAACAAUGAUUUGUCUUUCUGUGCAAAGUUGUUGCUGUUUCGUUUUUAAAAAGGAUUGGAACCAUUCAUGUAAGUUAUACAGUUUCCUUCCGGAAUAUGGAUCGUCUUUGGAAUAUGACUCCAAUUACCAGUUGUAUUACUCUUUAGAAGAUCACAAAGAUAACUGGAUACAAGUGUUUGAAUCCGUCGCUGGUACAGGUAGAAACCCUUAUGAACUAUAUAGCUCACCUUUGAGUGGAGUGUGGAAGUCAUCCAAUUCACUUAGUGUCUUUAAAAGUUCUUUGAUUGAAAAUUGGGUUUCACUUUACGUGCAAGAGGUUAAAUUCGUUCUCGAGCAAGACAAUCAAAUAGUGGUGAGUAUGAUAUUUGAUGGAAAGCAGAGCAACAAAACGAACUGGUUUAGCCUCAAUCGUCUGAUUAAAGCGUCGCCUUGGACUGACCUUAAGACAAAUGAACCUAGUAUUUUUAGUAUAGUCGGAGAGUGA